UAAUCAGUCCCCGGGCCCAAAGAUCUGUCAGUGUGGCAGCAGAGACGCCAAGGAAGAUGCCGCAAUGAGCACAUUCUUAGAUUUCUCGGCCAUAAGUGGUGGUGGAGAUGGAGGUGGCGGGGGCUCGUGCUCAGUCAGAGCGUUUCAUGGCGACCACGGACUUUCAACAUUCCAGUCGUCGUGUGCUGUUAGGGUAAAUAGCUGCAGUGGGGACGAGCGGUACAUGUCCAGUAGAUCAUCACAAGACGCAAUUAACCCUCAGCCACAUCAAGUCGGCUCGUACCAGUCCCCCGGGACUCUGUCAAUUAGGCCUACCUACAGCGCCCAUCCAAGUUACGCGACUCAAAGUUUUUGCGCCGGAUACAGUCACUAUGCCCUAAAUCAGGAUGUGGACUCGUCUGUGAGCGUUCCCCAGUGCAGCCCCUUAGUUUACUCUGGAAAUAUUUCCUCCACGGUUGUGCAGCACCGUCACCAUCGCCAUGGUAACAGUAGCGGAAACGUUCACCUCCACGGCCAGUUCCAGUACGCCACAUAUGGUAAUAGUUCGGAUCAGGCAAACCUUACGUUUGUGGCGGGCUGCUCAAAUCCGCUAUCCCCUCUGCAUGUGGCUCAUCACGAAGCAUGCUGUUCACCUCUAUCAGAUGGCGUGUCAACAGGGCAGACAUUUGACUGGAUGAAGGUUAAACGGAACCCGCCAAAAACAGGGAAAGCUGGAGAGUAUGGAUUUGGUGGGCAGCCAAAUACUGUACGCACAAAUUUUACUACAAAACAGCUGACAGAGCUUGAAAAAGAGUUUCAUUUCAAUAAGUACUUGACUCGCGCAAGGCGGGUGGAGAUCGCGGCUGCGCUUCAACUGAACGAGACUCAGGUGAAGAUCUGGUUCCAAAAUCGUCGUAUGAAGCAAAAGAAGAGAGAAAAGGAAGGUAUUUUGCCCAAAUCUCAGUCCAAAACGAAGGAUGGUCACGAAAAACAGGAGGAUGCAUCCGAAAAGUCGCUCUCCGCACCACCCACUCCCUCUCCAACUUCCCCGACCGUUGAUGCCUCCUCGAAUUAAAAGACUCGUUUCUUCUGCCAACCUGUUAAUGAUAUUGCAGUACUGUUAGUGACUCUCGUGUCAAGGUUAUUAUCAAAAUCAUCAUGUGACAUCAGUGAAAGUAUCAUACAGAGACCAGUGCACAUCUUACAGAUUUUGACCACUCAGUAUUUACAUUUGCUACUUUGUGUUAUUGAGAAAUGACUCUUAGUUGUCUUGGGCACCUUGUCAAGC